AUGUUGAAAACUUUUGCAAGUACUGUAUUAAGAUGCCAAAAUGGUCUGGGGAUAAGCAAUUUUCGAUGCAGACAUUUUUACGUACCCAUCAUGGGGGUUAGUAGGACAUACACUGCUGCAAAAUCAGAUGCAAAUGGGCAAAACUUUGGAGAAGAAAACCAAAGAACAAUUGAAAGCCUCUAUAAAUUAUCCAUCAAUAUUAAAAAGAUUCGCCGAUUAAAAGGUUGGGUUCUGUGUAAGGAUGUGGCGUACGUAGAAGAGACAGCUGAUAUCCUGAAAGGAAUGGGAGCAAACUUCAUGACAGUGGCCAAUAUUCUAGAGUCUUAUCCCGAAGCCUUUCUACAGGAGCCUGCAGAGAUCAAGGUCCAAAAAUCCAUCUGGAACUUGGUGUGUCCCAAAGACCAGGAAUUGAUCACCAUUAUCGAAAAGUUUCCCGAUUCUUUCUUCGGUUAUAAGAGUUUCAAAAACCAACAAGACAACAUCAGGUACUUGCAAGACCUAGGACUUGGCAAGAAAAUAGUUUGCCGGCUGUUAGCAAGCGCUCCACAGAUCUUUUGUAAUCAGAUUGAAGACAAUAAGAAAAUGAUCAAUGCUCUGGAAGAAAAUUACUGUAGUCUGGGUGGUACAAAGGAAAACUUUAAACCUUGGUUAAUGAAAUUGUUAAGUCAAGAUCCAUUUGUGCUCUCAAAGUCCUCUUUGGCUUUUAAGGAGAAUGUGAAAUUUCUACAGAAUUUAGGUUUUAAAGAUGCAGAAGUAUUAAAACUUCUGUCCAAGCUUAAAGGAUUUAUUUUUGACAUGACUUGCAGUAACAUGGAACUGGGUAUUCUGUUUACCAAAACCACCUUUGACUGUAGCGCUGAAGAACUAAGACAGCUGGUUAUGAAAUGUCCGGCUCUUAUUUAUUAUUCUGUUCCACUUCUUGAAGAUCGACUGAAAUAUUUACUCCAAGAAGGUGCUUCUUUAAGACAAAUUAAGGAGUGCCCCAAUAUUUUAGAACUCAUACCGCAAAUUAUACAGUUCAGAGCAAGAAAAGUCAAACAGCUAGGCUGGCAAAUAAAGGACCACAGCCUGGAGGUGAUUAAUGGGACUAAGAAAGAUUUUGAGGCCAAGUUUUUCAAGUUGCAAGUCAAAAGCGAGAGACCCUUAUUUAAUCCUGUUGCCCCAUUGAAUGUAAAGGAAUGA